GAUCACGCUGGAACCCCCUGUUCCUGUACGUACAAACACUUCCAUCGGAUUUCCCGCACACCUCGGUGGAGAAAAGCAGCAGGAAAACAAUCUUGGUGGCCUUUUUAUCUUCUUAAACAGAAAGCAGCAGGUGUGAAACCUCCAACUCUGUAAUUAUUUCUAACUCUGAGGCAAUUAUUACUCUUGACGACACUGUGGACGUGCUGUACCAGACAUGUUUUUGCAGUUUCCCUGGCAGCGCGCCUGUUCCUCGGUUUCCAAGCCAGGACUGUGGACUGUUUGCCUGCUGCUUACUCCCCAACGCUUCCAACAUUUCACUGGAUUAUAACCGAGGAAAGUAACCUGUUUACGGUAAGCGUUGUCAUUAACGGAGAUCAUUGGGUUCUCUUAUUCUACUUGUCGCAUUUGAAGAAAGGCAAAUACGUUAAGAGCGCGCUGAGAAACAUUUUUCAGUGGAUAUACGCAUUUUGGCACAGCACCGUACCGAGAAGCGCACAGUGAUGCCGCAUCGGAUCCGCGUCCUGCUGCUGCUGCUGCACCUGGCUGUGCUGCUGCUGGGCUGGCCGACCGGAGCGGGCCGGGUACGAAAAAAGGCCACCAGGUCCCGGCCUUGCCUGGACCUGCCGGAGGAGAUCCUGGAGCAGAUGUUCGGUCGGCUCUCGGUGGGAGUGAUGAGUGCUUUCCACCACGCACUGGAGCUGGAGCCGCAGGACAAACUCAACCUGACGUGCCCGACCACCGCACGGUCCCCGACCGACAGCAAGACCCGCCUCCCGGUCAAUCUGCUCAGCAUCUCCCCCUGGGCCUACAGAAUUUCGUACAACCCGGCAAGGUACCCCCGCUACGUCCCUGAGGCUUACUGCCUGUGUAAGGGCUGCCUGAUCGGACCUCACGGUGAGGAGAGUGACCAGUACCGCAGCACUCCGGUCUAUGCUCCCUCUGUCAUCCUGAAGAGAGCGGGCUCCUGUCUCGGCGGCCGCCACUCGUACGUUGAGGUCUACGUCUCCAUCGCUGUGGGAUGCACCUGUGUGCCGCUGCUGGAGAAGGAGAGGGACGGCCAGAACAGCAACCAGAGCUUGGAGAGAGCAGAGGCCAAAGCCAAAGCCAAAGCCAAAGCCAAACAGCUCGUCUCUGCGGGGAAGAAUGUAUGAAAGAAGCGGGACUGGUACUCUAGAUACGUUUUUUUGAUGCACAUUUUUUGGUCUUCGUCCUUCCCCAUUGAUCAAUUGAAGUGAAUAUACCUGUUGAAGUAGAAUCCCCCGUUAGUGUCCCUAAUCAAGAACACAUUAUAUAUUUGCAUGAUGAAGGGUUUAGUACAGAGGUACUGAUUAACAUCUCUGUUCAUCUUUGGGAAGGGUUUUUCAUCUGGAAGCAAAUAAGGACGUAGUUUGUUGUCUGGUUUGCUCUCAAAUAAGACUUAUUUGGCCUGCUUACAUUCUUGGCUUGGUUAUGACAUCCUUUGGACCCAAACUUGGUGAUGUCUUGACUACUGUUGUUUAAGGAUACAAAAUUCAAAGUGAUUGUAUUGGCUGGACUGAAGAGAAUAUGCCUAAAAAUCCAGAGAAGACUAGAUGAAACUCUGAAGUUCACUAUGACAUUUGAAAGGUUGGUUCAGCCCAAUGUCAGAAAACAUAUUUGACUUACUUCUUGUAUCUAGUAAUGCAGAUGGUUUGAGUUUUUAUGCUCAGGUUUUGAGAAAUGUAUCUGAGAUUUCUGCACCACAAAAACUUUCCUUCAUCGUAUCGGGGUGGAGGCAGAAAUCUCAGAGACGGAUAUCUCAAAACCUGGACAAAUAAAACCACAACUAUCAGCAUGGAUAGAGAAAUAAUUGAGUGUGUUUAUUUGUAAUUUGGUUGGACCAACAAAGUUAACUCAAACAAAUAUUGACCAAUGGAAUAAAAUGCCUCAUUAUUAAUCAAUGACCUGAUCAAUGCUGCCACCUACUGAUGUUGAAAUACAACUGCAAGUUCAUUCAUUCUGACCCACUUUAAUAAUAACUUGUCAUCAAAACAACAAA